GACUGUGCGCUUUUUACAGUGAUGUUUUAUUCGACGUUCGGUGCCAGCAAUAUCAGCAACAUGCAACUGCAACAUACUGUGGGGCUACAAAAUAUUAAAUCUGCACAUCGUCGAGGGCAUUGAGUCUGGCGGACGGCAGAUGUCUCAUCGUUCGAGUUGCGGCCCGUUCACCUCUGUCCUGGUCAUCUGACCGAGCACCGUGACGUUCAUCCCAGAGUCUAGUUGUCGAAGCCAUGGCCAGCUUGUUCCGUCGAGCUCCAUCGAAUGCUCAACGCUCAUAUAUCAUGCUCAUGACAUAAACGUAUGUCACACCGAGUCUCACAAACCCGUCGUUUUUCCUCCAACCCCCACCACCGAUGAUGCACUUUCGAGUUCUGGCGCUUUUGGCGCUUUUGGCGGCUGUAGCACCCCUGACGUACGCUGCGUCUGCAAAUGUACAGGUUGGAGGCGGGACUUGCACGGUUGUGCCCUUGGGAGGUGGUCAGGACGAUGGACCUAAUAUCCUGGACGCUUUUUCGCAGUGCGCAAGUGGGGGUACGGUGGUGCUGAAUGAAUACUACGUGGUCAACACCGUACUCGUCACAACUGGACUCAAAAACGUCAAUAUCGAGCUGAGUGGUGUCGUACAGUACACUCCAAACAUCGCAUAUUGGUCACCGAAUUCCUUAUUCUUGACAUAUCAAAACGCGACUACGUACUGGUUCCUUUCUGGCGAUAAUAUUCACCUAUAUGGCGGUGGCACCCUUGACGGCAACGGCCAAGUCUGGUGGGACUAUCCCAAUGCGACAUCUGGUACGGCUGGAGGCUCGUCCACGCUAUUCGCUCGUCCUAUCCCUCUCACUGUCGGAAAUGCUAGUAACGUCGUCAUCGAAGACUUGACACAAAUCCAGUCACCUUUCUGGAACAAUUUCGUUUAUCAAUCGACUAACGUGACAUAUCGCAAUAUCAAUAUCUCGACCGUUUCGUACUCUUCCAACCCAACGCUUAAUUCUGAUGGAUGGGACAUAUACCGGUCUUCCUUCGUCACGAUCGAAAACUCCACAGUUAAUAAUGACGACGAUUGCGUUUCUUUCAAACCCAACGCCACCAAUAUUCUGGUCCAGAACAUGAACUGCUUGGCAGGUGAUGGCAUGUCUGUAGGCAGCUUGGGACAAUAUGCAGGUGAAACCGAUAUCGUUGCCAACGUCACGGUCAACAACGUGACAUUGACAAACUCUCAAAAUGGAGGCCGGGUGAAAGUGUUUGGUGGCUCUCCUCUUGCCAAUUCGACGGCCGGUGGGGGUGGCGGCUAUGUCAAGGUCAUCUCCAAGAAUAUCACCUUCUCGAACUUCCAGGUCAACAGUGUCGACUACCCUAUCGUGUUUGACGAGUGUUUCGCGACGCCAGUCUCUUGCGUGGAUUACCCAACCAAAAUAGCGGUUUCAGACGUCCACUAUUCCAACUUUAGCGGGACGUCAUCUGGGGCCGAGGGUACUAUGGUCGUCGAUCUGAACUGCACCAUGGCGUGCACGGACAUCACAGCUGGCGACAUCAACCUGACGAGUCCGAAUGGUGCGGCCACCUACUUUUGCCGAAACGUGACGAGCACGUCCGAACUCGAUUUUAACUGCACCGACUCGGUUUGAGAGGUGUGAUGGGGGGUUGGUCUGACUGUUUGUUAUCGGCACCGUGGGGGGGGAACCCAUUUUGUGUCACUGGUGUUCGUGUAUUAUAUAAAGGCUCUUUUCAUGUCUGCUCAAGCUUACACUCACGAGCGUAAAUUGCUCAUAAAACCCAAGUUAAGAAGAAUAAAAAAGGUGGUGCGACUAGUAAGGCCUAGUAAGGACUAGUUACUACGGAUU